UGUGUGCACAGGCUUAGUUCUAUGUCCAUUCUGUUGCCUAUCAACCCCUGAGCUCUAAGGGGUGUGGCCUUUACCAGUGGGUUUCAGAUUUCAGUUUUAUUGUGUUUGAGCGCAACAACUUUCUGCUCCAGAGCUUUGGGUGGUGUUUUUUUUUAGCCUCAUGUUCAUACAUCUAAAGGAGCAAAGAAGAGCAAUAUCUUGACUCAAAUAUUAGAUUCUACGCUACACUAUUAGAACCAUGUCUGUGUUGGAUAGUAUUGUUCUCCAGACUCCCAGCUUGGUGACUCUGCUGGGGACUGUGGUGUUUCUGCUGCUCCUCUACCUCCUCUCCUGCAGCUCUCAGGAACAGGGGAAGGAUCCUCCAGGACCCAGACCACUACCUCUGCUGGGGAACUUACUGAUGCUGGAUCUUAGCAGGCCUUACCUUACACUCUGUGAGCUUUCCAGGGAAUAUGGAUCAGUGUUCACAGUUCAUUUUGGUCCCAAGAAAGUAGUGGUCCUGGCAGGAUACAAGACAGUCAAGCAGGCUCUGAUCAACCAUGCUGAGGAGUUUGGAGACAGAGGCCUCAACCAGAUUACAAAGGAUAUCAACAAGGGUCAUGGCAUCCUUUUUGCUAAUGGAGACUCCUGGAAAGAGAUGAGGCGCUUUGCUCUCACUAAUCUCAGGGACUUUGGAAUGGGCAAAAAAGGUGCUGAGGAGAAGAUCAUAGACGAGUGUCACCAUCUGAAGACAGUGUUCGAAAAAUAUGAAGGUAAACCUUUCGACACAACCCAGCCAGUGAAUUAUGCUGCCUCCAAUAUCAUCUCAGCCAUCGUGUAUGGCGACAGAUUUCAUUACACUGACCCCCAGUUCAAGGGCAUGGUGGACAGAGCCAAUGAGGGCAUACGCAUUAUAGGAUCUGCACCAAUUCAGGUGUACAAUAUGUUUCCCUGGCUGGGCCAGUGGAUCAAAAGCAGAGGUCGUAUGAUGAAACUUGUGGACCAGAAUGUUAAAGAUGUUAUGGACUUGGUCAGAGGCCUGAAAGACACUUUGAACCCCCAGAUGUGUAGAGGCUUUGUUGACUCCUUCCUUGCCAGGAAGCAGAAAUUGGAGGAAUCUGGAACGCAAGACUCUCACUACCAUGACAAGAACCUGAUAAAUUGUGUGACCAACCUCUUUGCUGCUGGAACUGACACGACAGGAACUACGAUACGCUGGGGACUUCUGUUCAUGGCCAAGUAUGCUCAUAUACAAGACCAGGUUCAGGAGGAGAUCAGCAGGGUGAUAGGAAGUCGUCAGGUCUUGGUAGAGGACAGAAAAAACUUUCCCUACACUGAUGCUGUCAUUCAUGAGACCCAGAGACUGGCCAACAUUGUACCCAUGUCCAUCCCUCACGUCACCAGCAGAGAUGUCAUCUUCCAGGGAUACUUCAUCAAGAAGGGGACGACUGUCUUUCCACUAUUGACGUCAGUCCUGCAGGACGAGAGUGAAUGGGAGAGUCCUCACACCUUUAACCCCGCCCACUUCCUAGAUGCGCAAGGUCAAUUUGUCAAGAGGGAAGCUUUCAUGCCCUUUUCUGCAGGUCGCAGGGCGUGUCCUGGGGAGGGUCUGGCCAGGAUGGAGCUGUUCCUCUUCUUCACCUCUCUCCUCCAACACUUUCGUUUCUCUCCUCCACCCGGGGUGACAGAGGAUGAUCUGGACCUCACUCCAGCUGUGGGCUUUACCCUCAACCCUUCACCCCACCAGCUGUGUGCCGUCAGCCGGGUCUGAGGAGAGAGAGUGAGAAAGAGAGAGAGUGAGAGAGAGAGAGUGAGGGAGGGAGAGAGGGAGAGAGGGAG